AGAUGAUGGAGCUUCGUUAAAACCGAACCCAAUCCAUCAGAUUUUUAUUUUUCAAACAAACAAAUUAAAAAAGACAGACUUAGAAAGCUCCAACACUUUUUUUUUCGUAGAAAACUACAAUACCCAGAAAACGCGUUAAUUUUUCCCUUUGUUGUUCAACAUUUUCAGCAGGAGUUUAUAAUCAAAUACCAAAUGAGUGAUCAUCUAGUUUUGUGUCCUGAUCGUCUUAUAACACCUGAAAGCUUGGAACCAGUGCAAGAAGCUAGGGAUCCAGGAUCUUGUGGAGAGUGUUCAUCUUCUCAUACUGUUGAUGUACCCACUUGUGUGAUUGAUGUUGAGGGAGUGGGAGAACAUGGUGAAUCUGAGGAAGAACCCCUCCUGCAAACAAUGGAAUGUCGUAUUUGCCAGGAGGAGGAUAGCCUCAAUAACUUGGAGUCACCAUGUGCUUGUAGUGGUAGCUUGAAGUUUGCCCACAGGAAGUGUGUUCAGAGAUGGUGUAAUGAAAAAGGAGAUAUAACUUGCGAGAUAUGUCAUCAGCCAUACCAACCUAACUACACUGCCCCACCACCUCCUCCUUUAGAAGAGACAACAAUUGAUAUCAGUGAGGGUUGGACUAUUGCGGGAACUCCUUUGGAUUUGCAUGAUCCUCGAAUUUUGGCUAUGGCAGCAGCAGAGCGACAUUUUCUGGAGGCUGAAUAUGAUGAAUAUUCUGAUUCCAGUGCUAGUGGAGCUGCAUUUUGCCGUUCUGCUGCUUUAAUUUUAAUGGCUCUUUUACUCUUAAGGCAUGCUAUGUCUCUCACCGGAGAUAGUGAUGAAGAUGCUUCUACAUUUUUCUCUCUUUUCCUGAUACGAGCUGCUGGUUUUCUUCUUCCAUGCUACAUCAUGGCCUGGGCCAUCAGUAUAUUGCAGCGACGAAGGCAAAGACAGCAGGAAGCAGCAGCACUUGCAGCUACUGAAGUUGCAUUCAUGUUACAAGCAGGGCAACGACGAGGAUUGCAGUUCACAAUCGCACCUGGAAUUGCAGUGACUCCACACCAAGCUGCAACUCCCCAGCAAGAGCCACUUCAAUGAUGAAAUCGACGGAGAUGUUUCCAUACGCAUGAGUGAUUAUCUUACUCGUGCUCUGUAUGUUUAAUCGGGUUAUGUUAAACCCACCUAAUAUCACAUUACUUUAGCCUUUCGACAUCUGUGUGUACAUAAAUUUUAUUUGCAUAACUAGAUCUAUGCUGCUCAAGAAACUUAUUUUAAGUGAGGGAUAUUGUCUUCCGAUGAAUUUAUGAGCAUCGAUCAUCUUAAGUUUGGCAGUGUAUCAACGGUGAGCAUGGCCGUUUCAUGCAAGCAUUUUCUGUGUAUUUGUUCGUCAUCGUUGUAUGCGUAGACAAGCCUAUAGAUUCUAA